AUGGCUUCAGAUUCUUCAACUAAACUUAAAGUCCUUUGCCUGCAUGGUUAUGGCGAAUCGGGCAAUCUGUUGUCUGUAAAGAUGCGCGCUUUGCGUGAACAAUUGGUCAAUGAUGUCGAAUUUUAUUUUCCUACUGGUCCCAUCAAACUCUCGAAUGACAAAGGUCAAGCUGGCUACUCCGAUGAGGACUCUGAAGACUCAUUUGAUGAAGCCUCUACCACCUGGGGAUGGUGGAGAAUUGACGAGUAUGGAGAUUCCCAAACUUUAGAACCAAAAUUUUCAUACGGGCACUUGGCUUCUUAUAUAUGCAAGCAUGGCCCUUUCGACGGGAUCAUGGGUUUCUCCCAAGGCUCAAAUUUAGCUGCCAAUCUUGCAAUGUUUGCUACCCUCCCGAAAUACCAAGAAUAUUUUGGUCAAAAGCAGUUUCGAUUUGGCAUAUUCUUUAGCGGUUAUUAUCGUGCACUAGCCAUCGAUGGAGAAACUCAUGAAAUCAAACUGAAAAUGCCCACUCUUCAUUUCCUGGGUAAGUAUGAUAACGUCUUGUCCACCGAAAGUUCUACUACCUUAAUCCAAAUUUGUGAGGAUUCACAAGUGCUAUUCCACCCCGGUGCUCAUCAAAUACCAUCUCCUAAUGCUUAUGUUGAGGCCGCUGCUGACUUUAUUGACUUCUUCGGUCGCGGAGAUUGGCCAGUCGUUUCAAAGAAAAUAUCUCUCAUUAUUCCUACACCAAAACCCAAUGCUCUAGCUUCCUCUCAGUACUCUAGUAUGAACCAUCUGGGAAGUAACAAUAAUCAUUUGGAGAAGGAACUUAUUUCAAAAAUCGUAUCCCGAACCUCUAAGAAUGGAGUCAACAUAGUUUUAAGCAAUCUUCACACGUUUAAUGAAUAUGAAGAGAUUCUUAAGAAGAGGUUAUUUUCCCUUGUAAUCACAGAUGGUCAGGAGCCCAAGUCCUUUGAUGAUUCUGUUCACUAUGUUUCUACCUUCAAACAGGCAUUAAACAUGUUGAAAGCAAGGGAGAAUUCCAUCGGCCGUGUCUAUGUUAUUGGUGAUAAAAGAUUGUUGACUCUGGGUUUGAUGUGCCGUUGCACGAAGCGCAUAAUUGCCGUAACAGGUGCCAAAGACAAAUUUCAAAUGAAACCCCCGGUAAACACCGUCAGUCACAGUGUUCCUUUCUUGGAAUAUAGCAAAGAAUGGCUGCAGGCCAAAUCAUCUCAGAUCCGUCAGUGGACUGGGCAGAACCGACUGAAGCAUUUGAGUACUGACGAAUCCGGUGAACCGAUAACAAUGAAGUUACAAAUGUGGGAGCGCUUAUAA